UCUAUUUAAAAGUAUGAACAGCAGGCUGUCGAGAGUAGUAUAUGUAAAGAACCUGUGCACGAUAAGCGAGCGAGGAGGUUCUUUUCUCCUACAUUGUUGAAUCAGAACAAGUAGCAGUAGUAUCUGUUGAAAUAAACCUACUCGUUGCUGGUGAAUUAAGUGGAAAGGACUGUUCUGUCGUCAACAAGUGGAGUAGUAGACUUCCUCAGUUCUGAGACAUGAGUGGUGACUUUUAUUUAUUCGUUUUUGUUUUAUUCUUUUGAAUUUGGCUGGAUCACCUCUUUUUUCUUUGUUUUUGAACGAAUAUAAAAAUUGACGCAAUUCCACUUGGGUGUAUUGAAGUUUCUUGGUGCGGGACGAAAGAUUUUUUUCUAAGUAGAAAUUGUUGAACUCAUACAGACUUUCAAUUACAGUCGUUUAAAUGCUAUAAUUGUUGAUAUUAAUGAAAAAGAAAGUUAAUGAAGUCAGUUUAACACCGCAAGUCCAGCAAUGUAAAUAUACAUGUAAACUGUACAUGCAUAUAGUUAAUCCAACAAACAUAAUCAUACGCACACCGAAACGUACAUAAACAUAUACUUUCAUUUUUACGGAUAUUUUAACACGAAUUUUAAACAUAGACUCUGAUAUAUAAGUAGGUAAAACAUUUGUCCACAAAUAAUAUUCAUCUAUUAAUACGUCUAUAUUUUGUUAAAACCCUUAAAGUAAUUUAUCCAUCCAUUCAUCCAUCCAUACAUAAUGUACGUUAUGUAUUCUUACGAAGUUUCAUACUUCUUAUGAAUUUCCAUAUCUCUUCCCGUAACAGUAUCAUAGUAACAUACUACUUAUUGACCGGACCUCAGAAGUGGAUUAAUUUCUUUUGUGAAAAUUUUAUUUUAUUACAAACCUUCGUAAUUACUGCUUAAAAAUACAUUUCGAUAGCAUUAUAAAACAAAAGUAAAUAAAUAAACACUUUCCAUAGAAGAAUGGAGAAUCAUCGGGAACCAAUCUACCGAACAGAUCCGAAUGUGGAACUUGAGGAUCAAUUACGGAAAUUAGCUUUUGUGCGACAUCCCAGCACCCAGAGCGAAGGCGAUGUCUUCAGUCCUGUAGGUUCAACGUUCCAACCCAAUCGGUAUAAACGCACCGAAAGUAUCACCUACGAUGAAAUGAGCGAAGAAGAAAUUGUCAAGUCACUUUCCACUCAUUAUAAAGGUAUUUUGAGUAACCUGGGAGAAAAUCCUCACAGACAAGGACUAUUGCGGACCCCAGAGAGAGCAGCUAAAGCUAUUAUGUUCUUUACAAAGGGCUAUAAAGAAAACAUUGAAGAUAUAUUAAAUGAUGCAGUUUUUGAUGAAGAUCAUGAUGAGAUGGUUAUUGUAAAAGAUAUAGAAAUGUUCUCCCUCUGUGAACAUCAUUUGGUACCUUUUAUGGGAAAAGUAUCCAUUGGUUAUUUGCCAAAUAGAAGGAUAUUAGGAUUAAGCAAAUUAGCAAGAAUAGUGGAAAUAUUUUGCAGGAGAUUACAAGUACAGGAGCGCUUAACUAAACAGAUUGCUGUGGCCAUAACUGAAGCCGUUCAACCAAGAGGAGUCGGUGUUGUUAUUGAAGCUACCCACAUGUGUAUGGUCAUGCGAGGGGUCCAGAAACUCAACAGCAAGACAGUUACUAGUACUAUGUUAGGUGUAUUACGAGAGGAUCCUAAAUCUCGUGAAGAAUUUCUUACACUUGUGAAUAAUAGGUAGUACCUAUCGAAAAUCCGGACUCUUGAAAGAAAAGUUUUGUUUUGUCGACUUCAAUCGAUGAAAAAUUCAUCUAAAUUUGGAACAAUAACGAAAUGUAACUAUAUAAAGAAUUUCAUAAGAGCAUCAACAUUGUGGUAGCCUUUAUUGCACUCAGUCAAGCAACCAACCAUAGAAAGCGUAUAAAACAUAACUGUGAUGACGAGAAUGUCUCAGUAAUGCUUAGAAAUUUAACUAAAAGUUAUUGAAACAGAAGAGAAAUGUCUAUGAAUAAAAGGAAAACUCUAACAGAGAUGUAUCGCUGAAGGGAAAGUGUCCAAAUUAAUAAUAAUUUAACAAGUUUGUAAUCAACGAUAUGAAGAACAAGACAACAUGAAAUUAAGAAGCAAAAUCAUUAUGUUACAAUCUAUAUAAUGUAUGUAUAUAUACAUUCACAUACGUGCAUAUAAUUAAACAUAUAUGUACACACAGAUGUAUUAAAACUUGUGCGUCUGCACAUGCACCUAUAUUCGUAUGCACACACACACACACACACACACACGCACACACACACAUAUAUACAUACAUAUAUAUACACACACACACACGCACACACACACACACACACACACACACACACACACACACACACACACACACACACACACACACACACACACACACACACAUAUAUAUAUAUAUAUAUAUAUAUAUACACAUACAAAUAUAUAUACGAGGAGAAGUCAAAACUUAUUCGCACUUUCGCCAAACAUAUCUUUAUUAUUUUCACACUGCCUUCUGCGUAUGCAUGCUUAUUGUUGGUAAUGUUGUGGUCACGUGAUCGAAGUUUGAGCCUGAUCGCGUUAUUUUUCUUUCUGGCUUUACAUUAUAAGCAUGGCCGCUCCACUAGCAAUGGAUACCCAAAGAAGAUCAAAGAGCAGUAAUCCGAUUUCUCUGGUCGGACGGUGUAUCAAGUGUUGAAAUUCAUUAGAGGCUUUUAGUACAUUUGGUUAAUGAUUUCAACGGUUUGGACGGCCGUGUGUGGGCGUGCAUUAUCAUGCAACAACAAAACUGCCUUUGACAAUAGGCUUCGGCGUUUGGUGCGAAUAGCUAGCUUCAGUCAAUUGCCCAGCAAAGCACUGUAUCUUGCACCGUUGAUCAUAAACCCUUUUUCCAGCACCUGACACAUUUCCGACCAGAGAAAUCGGAUCACUGUUCUUUGCUCUUCUUUGGUGCACAUUGCUAGUGGAGCGGCAAAGCUUACACUGUAAAGCCAGAAAGAAAAAUGGCGUGAUCUGACUCAAACUUCGAUCGCGUGACCACAAUACUACCAACUAUAAACACGCAUGCGCAGAAGACAGUGUGACAAUAACAAAGAUAUGAUAUAGCGAAAGUGUGGAUAAUUUAUGAGUUC